UGACGGCGUGAGGUCGGGUGCAGCUCCGCACGACGCACAGGGAACUUUUUUUUGUAUGUCAGAGAACAUUCGCCAACAUGGAAGUGGAAGCGGAUAUAUAGUGCCAACUCCGAGGAAAUAAUGAGGCUUUGAGCAUUUUUUUGUUUUUUCACUCGCCCAGAUUUUGAUUUGUGUUUGUGACUAGUGACGUGCAAGUUUUAUUGGAUACUAUUAAAAAAAAGAGAUAAUAGUGAAUUUUGUGAGAAAAUAAGAAAUAAACAAGUGGGAACAUGUUAUUAUUUAGCAAAAGAACUUUGGUGCCACUUAUAAGUGCGAUUUUAGUGACCUUCUUCGUCACGACAUCUGCAGGCGAGUACCCAGAAUGGGGGUGCGACCCGGAGACGGAACAGCCGUGCAGGUCGAACUCGUCCCUAUGCGUGUCUCUGGAGAACGUUGGCGACGGCUUCAUCGACUGCCCUGACGGAUCUGACGAAGACUGCCCUGAUGGCUGGUUCGUGUGCGAGGACAGGUCGGCCUGCGUGGCACCUGACCUUCUGCAGGACGGAGUGCCAGACUGCCUGGAUGAGACCGAUGAAGUGUGCGACGACUGGCAGCACGAGUGCCUCUGCGGCUUCCCCAGGUGUAUAGACUCCUCCCUCGUGGGUGACGGCGUCCUCGACUGCCUGGAGGGGUCGGACGAGCUGGCCAUUGACAAAGACACCUACAUCUGUCCCGAGGAGGUCGCUGAAGGUCAGGAGAUGCGCAGGAAACGACGACAGGCUAAUGCUCCUGUGAGAAUCCCUGUCCAUGGUACUUUCUUCACUCAAAGUCCCAGUGGGCAGCAUGCAAAGCUGGAAGUGAGUUUGGUCGACGGUGUCCUUAAGCCUGACCCGGUGGGGGAUGAGAUCGUGACCCUUAUGGGCACCCAGGGACAGUUCAUCAAGGAAGGGGUUUCGCAGGCCACAACUUACAAUGUGUUCACUGGGUCUUACGUCAAGGAUCUCCGCACUUACCUGUUCUUCUUUGGAAACACAGCCUUACCAGGACACACUUUGGCUGCGGGAGAGGUUGAGCCUUCUGAGACAAUGCACACCGAAGUCGUUGUGAAGAAGGGAGGAGUACAGUCGAAGAUUCUGGUCGACAUGGAGAAGGACCUCCAGGUCAUCAUGCCUUCCAAAACUCACGUCAUAGACGCCACUGUCGCCCCCGAUCUCCUGAUGGGCGAGGGAAUGAUUGACGGCCGGAAAAUGGGAGGAGUUUUCAUCGAAGGAUCCGAAGGCUUUGAGAUGGAGGGCGCCCAGACCCAGAGCGGCGAGACGAGCAUGCUCACCAUCACCAUCGGACGCCCAGUGGCCCACACUCGCCUCAUUCAAGCAUCCUCUGUUGUCAAUCCAGAGGAAGUGACAGUACUUAGCAUGGAAGAAAAGCUUCGCGAGACAGAUGUAAUGGAUAACGAAAUCGAUGACUCACUAUUGCGAGCCCGUAAGGUGCAUUUUACUGGUGAUGAAAUCAUCGCUGACCUUGCGCCUUCUCCUCCUGUGAAGGUUGAUAUUCCCACCUUUACAAUUGACCACUCUAAUGUACCCCUUGAGGCUGUAGUGGGAGUCACCAGGAAAACCACAAAUUCUGUGGGCAAGAGUGUCAGCGAAGGCCACCAGCAGUCAUCUCAGCGUGAAGGAAAGUCCAUUGAUGACAUUCGUGCUAGAUUCAACCUUGAGACUGGAGGUGAUGAUUCUGACCUGCCCACCGUAACCUAUGUAGGCUUUGCAGACUUCACAACCACCAUCGCUGACACUGUAGUAGUUUUCACCCCACGAUCAGGUUCAGCUAACAAGGUUCUCAAGCCCCAGGUAGCACCAACAAAAGAGGUGGCACCAACCAAAGUUCUGAAUCCAACUCUGGCAACAGAAGUUCCUGAGGUGACAAGUUUAGCACCCCGUCUGGCAACUUCUCGCCACAGUGAAGAGGAAAUCAUCAUCGGAACUCCUUCUCAGACUCCUCCACUCAGGACAGCAGAGAAUAUUGCCAAUGAAGAGAAUAUGGAAACAAUGAUGGUGUCCAAAACAGAAGGGACAAUAGUGAAGACAGCUGGAAUAGAUGAUCUCGCCACUGAAGGUGAGGUAAUGUCCACCAUCUCUACCCGGCGCUUCAACACUAUUGACUUGUAUCCUACAGGUCUUGUCUCUUCCAUUGGUGGUACCAUUGUGAUGAAUGACAUGACAACUCUCUUGACCACCUAUGUGUAUGGUACUUACAUACAAGGACAGUAUGCUCAAAUUGUGCAGAGUACAUCCAGCAUUUUCUAUCUUGUGCCACUGUCAUCAACCCAAGACAUCCAGGCAACGAAACCAUUUGAACCCAUUGCUUCAACCAUAAACUUUGACUACCCAGAACCUACAACUGAAUUCUUUGAUAUUUAUGAUUAUGACUAUGAGGGAGCUACAACAGAAGACCUGCCUCCAAAGGUUGUUGAAGAAAUUGUUGAUAAUGCUCUAGGCAGAUCAGUUGCAUCUAGUCCCAAUCAGCAACAGAUUGUGGACACAGACAAAGAAAAUGACCAAACAGAAUCCCCUCUGAAGCCAGAUCCAGUUGAUGAUUUAAUAGAUCACAUCACCACCCUCACUUUCUACACUACCUACUUCAAAGACAGCCAGACAACCGUUUCCACCAGACUAGAAACCUCAACGGUCCUUCGCCCCUUCAUCUUCACCCAAGAUUCCACACUUGAAGCAACUCCCACUGAAGAACCAGAAAUUUCUGCUACUGAAGAAUUGACAACCUAUACAUACUACACUACCCUGUUUGUUGAUGGUUCGUCUACUGUUUCUAGCCGGACAGAAGUGCACACUAAAGGUGCUGGGGAGAGUAUCCAGAAUGAUUUCUCUUCUGUUGCCACGACAAUUCUUCCUACUUUUACUGCAUUGGAAGUAGAUAGUGCUACUCUUACACCCGAUACUACACCAUCAGAUGAAAUUGCUGUGGUAGAAGCAAUCAGCAUUGAUGAAUAUGACCUGACCACUGAAUCAGUAGUUGAAUCUUUCACAGAAACCAUGUCAGAAUCUAUGUCAGAGUCAUCGACAGAUUCCUCUGCACAGGAUGUGACUGAAGCUCCAGGAUUCUCUCUGGAUUCCUCAUUAAACCCCGACGAAGAAGUGAGCUCGGCUUUCUUACCACGCACAUAUUACACCACAUACACUUACUAUACCACAUUCUACCGCUCAGGCAUCUCGUCUAUUGUGAGCAGCCUUGAGACCCAAACUAAUGUGGUAACCGAUCCUGACGACCAGGAGAAGUACAAGACUCUUACUCCUGAAGUGCCAAUAUAUCCUGUCACCUACUAUACAACCUUUACCUUCUGGACAACAUACUUCAAGGAAAACACAACUUCUUCUGUGAGCUCUGAGAAGACAGUAUCUAAUGUUAUCACGCCUACAGCACAAGUGAAGCCAACCAUUAUUCCUGAACUUCUUUCUACAGUUUCACCAUCUCCAACGUUUGUAUCCACGACUAAAUCUAGUACUCCUGCUGUGACCACAUUCUAUACGACUUACACAUAUUACACCUCCACUUAUAUUGGAGAUUCCACAAUUGUAAACAGCCGAUUGGAGACGAAAACCGAAGUUGUAACGGCUACUCCCACUCUUCCAGUGUUUGCCACAGCUACUGAAGAAUCUACUGAAUCAUCUAUUGCUCUUCCCUCAAAGUCAACAGGACUAUUGUCUACCAUUCGCGGUAGCACUGUGGUUGAUGGAACUACAACCAUCUUCUCAACAGACAUUAUUGGCACAGUGAUUGAUGGGCUCUAUGCUCAGAUUCAGUCGACAACCAGCUUUACUGUGGCUCCUACCACCACAAGUACCCCUGUCUUCCUUUUGCCAACAUUCAGCACGGAAACCAAGGAAACUCUUCCAUUCUUCCUCUUCCCAACAACAACAGAAAAUGAGGAGACUACUACCACUACCUCUAGAUCGACUCCAUUCUUUAUCUUCCCGCUUACCACCGAGGAGACAACAACAGAAACAACUCCUUUCUUCGUCCUUCACACCUCAGAGACAGAGUCAACCAGCACCCCAUUCCUUCUGUUCCCUACGCUCACUGAAGAAACAACCACUGAAAGUGAAUCUGUGCCUUUCUUCAUUUUCCCAACAACAUCUACAACAACAAAGACGCCAUCUAUUGAAGAUCUGUUUUCAGCAAUUUCCGAAAGUGUCCUUGAUGCUCCUACUUCUCGCCCAGAACUUUUUGUCACACCGGUUCUUGACUCAUCACUGAAUGAUGCUGCGACAGAUACAUUACCCACAGAGACAGCUACAGAAGCUUUACCUGAAGAAGAAGCAGUUACGGAACCCCCAGAGGAAGAGGUAAUUGGUGUUUCUCCCACAUCAAAGAGUAAACUACAAUUUGCCUCAGUAUUCCCAGGCUUCAAAAAACGACCAUCUGGUUCCCGCAAUAGGCCAGACGUCUUCCCUUUCAUAAGACGUUCAAGCUUCCGACAGUGGUCUGCAACUGUUACAAAUACUGGUUUGACUCCUACUGUCACAGCAACACCUGCAAGCAAUUCUGAUACUGCAAGAGCAACUACAUCCAGUCGCCCAUUCAGGUUUGGUUUUGGUACUUCAGCAGUGAGGACAACACCAACAUCUUCACUUCGUUUACGAUUCUCAACUCCUGGUGGAUUUGGUGCUUCCAGCAUUAGCCCGGGAGUUGCCAGAACCAGCAGUCCAAGACCAGGAAGUACCUCAGGCUUUAGAUUUGGUUCAACUUCAAGUGUGCUGAGAGGGACCAGCAGUCCAGGUGGCUUUAGAUUUGCUGGAACCCUUUCAUCAGUUUUCCCCGCUAGUACUAAAUCCAUAUCUCCAUCGUCUGUCUUCUCAGGAUUCACAGUAACAGCUGCACCUGAAUCUGACCUUGAAGUAGACAUAGAUGAUGAAAAAUCUUCCUCCAAUAACCCUGAAUCAGGUUUCCGGCCUUUUAGUUUCCGUCCAAGACCAGGAGCGCGAACAUCAAAUGCCCCAGGAACACGAUCCUCUAUUCCAUUUGCACUCCUUAAUCGUCGACCAAACACACCAAAGAGACCAAGUGCGAGUGUAAGUCGAUUUGCCCCAAAGGAGGAAGAGGAUGAACCAGAGAUUAUUGAAACAGAGCCAGAGAUCCAGCCAACAACUGAAGCUCCAACAACUUUCCGUAGGCAAGCCUUAGAUGCACCAAGGCAGAACCGCUUCAGGCAGGGCCGCCCUGACUUAUCUAAGCUAUUCCCUCGAAGAAACAGAGCUCUUCAGAAUGAAGCUUCAGAAGUGAACCCUGUGUAUGUUGAAGCUGGGGGAAGGCGACUAACACAAGAAGAACUAGAGGAAAUUUUGGCACAAGAGGUUUCAGAUACAAUUUUGAAGAGAAGAAAGCGUCAGGCAACAUUUGGGCAACGCACUUCCCGAGGCAAUGCAAGACCUAGUAGGAAUAAUCCGCCACCAGACACUAGUCGUAGAGCAAGAGUAUCACGUCCUACAGCACGUGUGGCUCCCUCUCCACCAAGGUCAAGCAAUAACUCUCCUUUCACACUUACCCCUGCACGUGGAAGAAGUCGUACCGCAGAAUCAGAACCCAAGCAACCUGCACCUACUACACCUGUGAGGGAAAAUAAUCGAGCUCGAGGUUCUACGGCCCGCCAGUCAAGAACUCCUGCAACUCCUUCAACUAGCCGCACCAGCCUUCCACAAAGACCCAGAUCAAGCAGGACAAGGAGUGCUGUUCCCUUAGGAAAUAUUCGUGGAAGAGGAUUUAGACGUCCCUCUACAGAUAACAAUUUCCGUCCUUCUAGUAAAUUUACUCCUAAUCGUCAGUCUCCCAUAGUUCCUCCCACAAGAAAUUCUGCCAGGAGACCAACACUAAGCAGUAGUAGAGGCAGUACUCGUGACUCAGACCGCAACAAGCCUCAAGAAAACCCGAUAACAGCAUUCCGGAAGAAGCCGUCACCUGAAGUUCCAACAGAGCCACCUGCAAUCUUUCCCAGUGAUGAUGGAGGUUUCUUGAUUCAAGAAGAAAUCACUGUAACUCGCGAAGUCCCUGUGAAAGCCACUAUUCCAGUGGUUGAGAAUGGACAAACUCAGCAAAAGGAAGUUAUCACAGCUUCUUUACAAACGGAGGUAAUUCAACCUGAUCAGAUCACACAAAGUACUAUCGAUGGGAGAGUCAGGCUUGUACUUAGCACCUUUGAUGGAGAAAAGGAUAUCACUCACUAUGUAGUAGAUCCUGUGGAAACCACCACAGUGACACACACACGUACCUUCAUUGGAGGUCGCCGUACUUCAGUCCCUGUUGAGCUUCCAACAACUGCUUAUAAUGUGAUUACAGUGACAGAGACCAAGGCCGGUGGAGACAUCCAGCAACUGCUUUCAUUACUUCUUGGACAGCAACAGCAACAAAAUCCUUUGCUUGCUGCUCUUGGUUUGGGACAACCUAUGACCAGUGAGAGGGUACACACACGUACCUAUGUCACCACUGUCACUAGUCACAUAUCAACAGCAAUUCCUGUCAUAUUGCGUGGUAGAACUAUUCAGACCACCAUUGUAGAGUCUGAAGUGAAUGUUAUCACUGCUACAGAAUUAAGUACAGAAACUGUAUUUGCACAGAAUACUGCAUCGCCUUUCAUCAAUCCUAACCCCCUCAACCAACUUCUGCCAAUCCUCCUACAGGGUCAAUUGCAACAACAAUCUCCACAGAUGAGACCCACGCGUGAGCCAUCUAUUGAUACACAGUCAGUUACCCCACAAUUGCUGGAACAGGCAUUAAAACAGCAAGAAGCACUUAAGGCAGAAAAUCCUCCCACACCAUCACCUCCAUUACCUACUCCAGUUGAAACUUCAAUUGUGACACUAUAUGUCUCAGGAAAACGACCAGGAGAGUUUUCAACCCUAUUGUCAACAGUGACAUUAAGUGGUGAUUCAACUCGUAUCAAACGUGGUUCUCUCUCCACAAAGGAUGUACAGCCAACGGUCCUUCCCCAUUACAUAGAAACAGACAAAGGUAUCUUCCAGCUCCCAGAAACAUAUGAAGCAGAUGACAUGGACUGGUUUAUAAUGUCUGCUAUGAAUGAGAUUGACACUAGUGAUAUCAGGAAAGUGACACCAAGCUUAGAAUCUGUGUUGGGAGAUUUAAGUCAGUAUUCAUCUCAAGCAACUGAAAGCAUUUCCUACAAAACGAGUCCUUUUUUAUGGGAGGGCCCCGCUGAGUCAACCCCGCUCAAGCGGAAUGUUCGUAGUGCACAAAGGGGUAGCAAUGAAGACCAAGGUGAACUUCGAUUCCCAGGUGCCAGGAAGAUCCAAGAUGGAACUCGUCAGCAGAUUGUUGACGAUGAACGCCCCGUUCUUGGACAGUUCAAUAUUCCAGGCCUCAGAUUCCAGAGUCGUCUGAUUUCUGAACAAAUCCAGCAGCUACAGGCACCAACAACCUACUACACAACAUUUACAUACUACACAACACUUGUUGAUGAUAUUGGACGUGAGUAUGUGCAGAGCUCAGAGGAAACUAUCACUCAGUUGGCUACUCAUGGUAAUGUGCGAUUUGAUGAUUUUACCAGGAUUGGUGGAGAAUCACCCUUGUUAACUACUGUUCCUAUACAGGCCAAAUUUACACUAGAGGAUGCCAUCAUUCCAGGAAAGCCAAGACCUGUUCCUGAUCCAGUAUUUAAAGAGCCAGAACCACCAUUUGGGCCAGUCGUCCGAGAUUCAGUCAUUCAGCCUGUUGAACCAUCUGAGAGACCCUCUGGUCGUAAAGUUCCAUCAUCAGUAGCUGAGCAAUUGAUACCACAGCAGAAUCUUGCUUCUGAUCAAGAUUUGUUUGGAGAUCAGAUCGAUACAGAAGACCCAGUGAACCUUGCACAAAAUCCUCGUCGAAUUGUCCUUACCCGUAAACGGCCUAUUUCCCAGCAGACACCUGAAGACAGACGUCGUGUUGUGAUUACUCGCAAACGACCUGUUAGUCAAAAGAAUGAGCUUGGAAGUGAAGUAGUUCCAGUAGAUGAACCUGUAACCCCUGAGCAGGCUCUCCGUAGAACACCUGCUUCUGCACCCUCAGGUGGUGACCUGAAAAAAAUUGAGAAUGCAGUGAAGUCAGAUGGACUUCUAGAAUCUAAUGGGCAGGGUACACUCCAAGGAACUAUUAAAGCUACUCAUGAGAUCAUGGAAAUGGAAGAACAAGAUCAAGAGGAAGAAAUACCUGGUAGCCCUGGUUCUAGUCGCCAAGUACGUGUCACCGUCACCAGAAGACGACCUGUUCUACUUACAGAAACUGAGGAUAUUGCAGACAUAACCACAACACUCUCAGGAGGGCGGCGACGUGUGGUGGUCACAAGGCGCCUUCCACAGCCAACAGUUGUAGCUAGUCCACUUCGUCCAUUGGUAGCUACAGUCAAUACUUUCUACACUGUGUAUUCUUAUCUCUACACUCUGUAUGAAAACCAGACCCCCUUCUCUGUUUCUACAAGGGAAGUAACCGUCUCAAAUCAAAUAGAUCCUACAGUUGUUUCAGUUUUACCUACUUUCCACACAGGAAGAGCUGCUACUGGAUUGUACACAUUAGAAAAUGGAUUUAGUGUUGCUACCUUGGGAGAGCGUGUUAUAGAUACUCUUACUACCCAGAUCUUCCUUGCAUCUGCAACUCUGAUAAACAUCACACCAGAAGCUGUCCAGAAAAAUACAGAACAGAAGCAGACAGAUCUACCUGGAGUAACAACAGAACCAUCAUUUAGUGUGCCUACUGAAGCACCUACACCUCUUCAGUCUUCACUGGCAGAGGAUGAAGGUGUUGUACCUACCAACACACCAAUCCUUACAACCAGCAGCUUUAGAGCCACUCGUAGAGGACAACAAACUUCACUCCCUAAUCAGAGAGGAAGAGAAACAACGCAACCUGCAGAAGAAAUUACAACAACAGAGCCGACAAAGCCUACACCAUCAAGAGCAGGUUUAAGGAACCGUGGGCGAGGUACUGUAAGAUUCGUUGAUAACCGUCAGCGUAAUCGCAUUACAGUUACUAGGCGAAGGCCAGUAUCACCAGCAACAAGGGAACCAAGGCCGGAUCCCAACACCAGAACAGUCCCCGAGAGAGUGACGACAGCAACGCCCGAGGAGGAGACGUUCCUAAAGACUGAAGAGUUUGAGGAGUCUCCUGAACAACCAGUAACUGAUUCUUCAAGGACUCGCCAAAGGCCAACUCCAGCUGUUCCCACAAGACAACGUGGAAGGCCAACCACUUUCAGACAGUCAGAAGAUUCAGUUGCAGAUGAUAUUUCUGAGUCAUCUCAGCCUACCAGAAGGCCCUCCGUUUUCAGCCUUCCAAGUAGCCGACGACAGCCAGAAACACCACCUUCGAGAUUCAGGGACAGAGUCACACCUAAACCAACUGAAGAGCCUAUUACUGAGGAAGCUGAAACUGAAGCUCCUCCAGAAGCUCCUCCAGUAACUGAUGCCCCUGUGCCCUCUCCUACUCCGACUAAACCUACGAGGCCUCCACGCAAAUCCCUUCGGAGAGAUGAUAUCCCUAUCAUUCGUCGCCCUGGAAGCUCUCGUCCUACACGCCCCUUCGUGCAUCAAGAUGACUCGGAAACACCUGAAUCUAAGCCAAGUCUGAGAUUCACGCCAGCACCAGAACCCAAACCCACAGAUCCUCCAUUGCUGGAAGAUACUGAUCCUGUGGAAGAGACUGAUCCUUUGGAGGGUGACAUUGGUCUUGAUGAUUACUAUUAUGAUGAUUAUUAUUAUGAUGAUUAUUAUUAUGAUGAGAAUGGUGAUGCACUUCCAUUGGAUGAGACUACAGGAGCUGAAGAACUUCCAUUGAGUGAAGCCACUGGAGAUGAAGCCCUUCCAUUGGAUGAGUCCCCUGGAGCUGAAGAGGUUCCUGAGGAUGAAUCAUCCGAUGUUACACCAAAGACUUCUACUCCGACAACCACAACCUCGAGGCCAAGAUUUGUAAGACCAACACAGCUCACCUUCACUACUAGCUCCUUUGACAUCAUUGAGGCCCUGAAGCGUGAACGAACCUACACUCAGAUUGUGGCUCCCACCCGCACACGUGGCCAAGGCACGCGCCGACGCACCCGCCCUCAGGAGCCGUCCACUACUUCUUCCAUGGCUUCUAACGUGGUGUAUAGUACCUAUGCCACCACCACGCUGCUUCCAAUUCUUGGCGGAGAGCAGUCGAUUACACUUACCAUUCUGACUUCUACUCUCACCACUCUCGCUGAGGAAGAAAUCCACCUCAUCACCGAUUCCCCAGAGCUCUUUGAUCCGGCCCUCAUCACCACCACCACAGGCGCACCUUCUCUUUCUGUCCCACUGUUGAGCCUGUCCUCUGUCUCACUCUCGCCCACCGCGGCGGCUGCGUCUCCGGAUGCCUCACCAACCCUCUCGCUGUUCACUGAGGACGUGGUGGCCUCCACUACUGACACUGAGUCCCAAGUGUCACCUACCCUUCCUGCACCCCAGCAGUCCUCCUCUAGGGCUUUCGGCUUCAGUGGUUCCCUUGCCGGAAUUGCAGGGUCAGGACAGGGUUCGGGACGGGCGGUGGGUGGACAGCCCGGGUCAAACCUGGUGGGCGUCUUGGAACCGAGCGAAGGUCACCCAAGCGGACAGCGUCUUGGGGCGCGGUUCAGCAUCGGCGCCAGGCACAAUCUGGCCACCAGGGUCAUGAGCAAUGGCGUCGAGGUCAUUGUGGCGGGAGACAAGACGGCCUCUCCGCGACCACAGGAACAAGCCAUCACGAACAACUUCGAGAAAUUCCGAAGGCCGAUCACGCUCCCGCCAUCAACGCUCUCCGACCACAUGCUGCUGUUCGCGUCCCAGGAACCCGAUCAGGUGACACAGCUGGCCGGCGGGGAUGACGGUGCCUUCCAGACUAACACGUACUUCACGACCUACACCUACUACAACACCAUCUUGGCUGGCAAUCGACCCUUCGUCAUCACCAGCAAGCAGACGGUGCAGAACGUCGUGACUGUUCCUCUGCCAGACACCGGGUCAUUCAUUGAGAGGACGGAGGUGACCUUCGACACGCAGACGUACUUCACCACGCAGACCUUCACUCGCACGGGCGCCGACGACCAGGUGGAGACGUCGCAGGAGGUGCUGACGCAGGUGGUGAUCACGGAGGCCCCGACCGUGGAGCGCUCGAGCGUGGCCCCGAGCAGCACCUCGCUCAUCACCAAGACCUACUUCACGACGCUCACCUACUACAACACGGCGCAGGACGGCCGCAUCAGCAGCGACACGGUCGUCUCCUCGGAGGUGGUGACGGAGACGGCCUACGCCACGCCCACGCCCACGCUGGAGGGCGAGGGCGCUGUCACUCUCACGCCGACGCCCGCGCUUCAGCCCGAGGUGUCCUUCGGCGCCGACCAGGACGAGCUGGUGGUGUACGCCACCAAGACGCUGUACACGACGCUCACGUACCUGACCACCAUCCUGGAGGGAAGCGAGACCAUCACGGCCUCCAGGAUCGAGGUCUCGUCCAACAUCGUCACGGAGCCGCUGACGUCGGCCCUGAGCGCGGAGGAGCUGCAUUCCAUCAAGAGCUCUUACCUCUCGGAGCAGCUGCGGCCCAGCGUCGCGGCCGAGCCAGAGCCCCAGACGGUCAUGUACUACCACAUCCGCGAUAAUCUGUACAAACAGCUCCGCACUUUCUUCGCCACUUACACGCACUAUACCACGAUGAGCGGCGGCGAAGUGCUCUCGCGGCUGGAGACCAAGACGAAGAUCCUCACCUCCACCGUGACCACGGCCAGCGUCCCGGCGUCGCUCCUCAUCAACCCCACGGCCGCCGUCGAGCCCAUCUUCGCGACCGACUUCGCCUCGGCUGCAGGACCGAGCCUGCAGCUCGACCCAUCCUACCUGUCUUCACUGAAGAGUUCCUUCUUGGCAGGUCGACCCACCGUGGGAGAUCCAGGCGAGGAAGAAGGCCUCACAGCCACAGUCCUGGUGGAGGAGGGCGAUGCCUCCGGCACCUUCGUGGUUAGCGACUCCACCACAUCAGCCACUCUGCUGGUCCGCCCCACGGACGAGCCUUCGACCUCGUCCAUCAGCGGCCAGACGAUUGUGAUCGUCGACUCAGCGCACUUGUCGUCCCUGAAGUCCUCUUACCUGGCUUCGCUCUCGGCACAGCUGGCGUCCACAAAGGUGCCCACAGUCGAGCCCACCGUCAGUCCUUCACCAACCGUGGUCCCAGCCACAGGAACCACCGCGGUGCCCGAUGAAGGAGACCCGUCCACGACGACGCCAGAUCCAGAAACGGAUCCUACUAUUACUACAUCCAUCCUCAAUGAAACCACAGUCGUGCCAGGCACCGACGGCACGCCGACAACGUUGAGUCCGGGCGACACAGUCGUUGUCGUCGACCCUGGCGAUGGGGGCGAGACAACCAUCCUGCCGGAGAUACCUUUCACCGUGCGUCCUGACUUGCCCAACCCCGACGAACUCUUCCCAGGAGGAGUCAUUCCAGCGGCAGCCAGCGGCGGUUCUUCCUCUGGUGGCGACAGCUCCUCCUCCUCCUCCUCUUCGAGCGACGGAGGCUCAGAGGCCCCCGAGGGCAGCUCUGGUGGCAUCAGCAUCACAGGUUCUGGAAAUAACGGCCUGAACAUCGACCUGGGUCCUAUGCUGACGGCUGUGGCUGGCAUCCUCCGCAACAAUCUCAACAGCCAGAUUGCUGCCAAAUCAGACGACAACCGCAGGAAGAUCAACUCCCCGCUGCGACCUCCCAACACUCUCAUUUCCGCGCAGCGCGAACCUCUGCUGAUCCCUGUGGGUGGUGUGGGUGCUUCGCUGAGCAGCUCUCGUGACCACACAGAGGGCCCCGAGCAUGGCUUCAUUCCUCUCAGACGCCCAACAGCUCCUGAAACGCAGCCACGGUUCCCUGCGGGCGCCCAAGAGCCCCCACGAGGCGCACCGGCGUUGAAUGCCAACCCAGGCUUCAUCAAGGUCGUGCCCGAGCUGCCAGACCUCCCCACGCCCAUCCAUCUGGACGAAAUGGAGAAGUUCGGCCCCACUUUCCUCCCGCCGCAGAAGACGCAGUCCGGCUUCACCGCCAUCACCACGGAGUCUCUGGGACCGACGCGCGUGUCGGUCAUUUCCGGAUCUCAGACCAUCUUCUUCGGCGGAGUUGACCUACAGGACCUGCCUCCGCCAGGCCAGCCAGCGCCGACGUCGGUGCAGGGCGCAAGUGGCUUCGAGCGCACGUCCCUCUUCCUGCAGCCCAGCCAACCUGUCCUCCUUGAGGAGACGAGACCCAUGCCAGUGCCAGUCCGAGUGCCGGUGCCAGGCGACGGCGGCCCCAUCCCCCUCCCGGUGACCCCGCAGUCCCUGGGCGAUCAGCUGGCGGUGGGAGACACGCAGGCGGACGGGAUCUUCUCGAGGCCCUCGCCGCAGCUCCCUCAGCCCUCUCGCGUCGGCCCGGCCACGAUCGUGAGCAUUGAAGGGGACAACCGCAUCGUCGGCACUCAGAUCGUCCACGCAAGGCCGGUCGACACCUACCGACCCGAGCCUUCCGUCAUCGUCUCGCCCGCCCGAGGGGAGUUCGUGCUGCAGUCCACGGUGGGCGUCGGCAUCCUGUCGAGUGACUCCGAGGACGACCAGCGGCCGCGUCCGCCCCCGGGGCUGGAAGGAACCGUGCUGACGGGCGUCGAGACCAUCCUCGUGGGCCAGGGAGCUGACAGCGGUCGCACGACUGUGGUCAGAGGCUCCUCGACCGUGAUGUCAGGCGCCACGACCAUCUUCAAGCCUCUGUUCACCCGACCUGCAGCAAAUAACGAGCCUUUGGGUGACCUGACCUCCGUGGUGACCGGCCCAGGUGGCCUUCCCACGCAGUACAUCACCCGCGUGGAGACGGAGGCUCGCACCAUCACCGCCACGCGCACCGACGUCCUCUACACGGCCGGCGUCACGUCCACGCUGACGCAGGUGAUCCGCAGCACCCUGCCCCUGCGCACCAUCGUCACCACGGUCGUCGGCACAGCCACGCAGGUCAACUACAUCACGGCGACGGCGCCCGCGGACGGCGCCUUCCUCCCCGGCGACCCCACCACGUACCCCCCGGGCUCGCCCUUCGACCCUGCCAACUACCCGUCCUUCCCGCUGGACGCCCAGCCCGGGGACGGCGACCUGCGACUCCCCGAGGACGCCGAGGUGGUGCUCAACGAGGCCAGCCUGGGCAUCGCCGAGGACAACGAGAUCAGCCGCGUGGUGGAGAGCAAGAGCCCGGACCAGGAGAUCAACGUGGGAGGCCCCGUGCGCGCCGCCGUGUCCCUGUGCGACCCCCAGUGCUCCGCCGCGCGCCACGAGGUGUGCCGCCUCGUCCGCGGCGCCCACGCCUGCGUCUGCCGGGCGGGAUACGCCAGGAGAGGCAGCGCUGAUGCAUGCAAACCAUCGGCCGCCUACAACGUGCAAAUCCUGCUCGACCGCGUGAGCAACGACCAGCUGAUCUACAACUCGCUCUUGCGCAACGCCUCCCACCCAUUCACCGUCGAGCUCUCCAACGAGGCCACCUUCGGCAUCGACCGGGCCAUGCUCGGCUCGCACCUGGCGCCUCGCUACCACGCCGCCACCAUCACCAAGUUCAUGGACACGAAGGAGACCGUGAUGCCGGCCUCUGUGGGGAGCAUGGACCACGGGCUGAUCGCCGAAGUCAAGGUGGAGAUCGCUCGGGGCGACGCCGACGGCACCGAGUACGAGGAGGAGAUCAUCAGCGAGUCGGUGGUGAAGGAGGCCCUCGAGUCGUCCUUGAGGAACACCAACUUCUCCCUGGGCGGCACCGAGCUCUUCGCCAACCGCGCGGUGUCGGUGCUGGCGGCGCAGGACUUCGACGAGUGCUCGGAGGUCGACCACAACGACUGCUCCGACAAGGCCCACUGCUUCAACACCCUCGGCUCCUUCCUGUGCGCCUGCAAGGACGGCUACAAGGACAUGGACGACAUGCCGGGCAGGCAGUGUGCUGUCCAGACAGAGCAGUGCGCCUUCUGCAACUUCCAAGGAGAGUGCAUCGAGAAGGCUGAUGGUUCCUACGGGUGCCGCUGCCUCCAGUGGUUCAGCGGCGAGCAGUGCCAGAUCAACCUCAGAGUGCUGCUGAUUGUGCUCGUGACUGUGGGAUCCCUGCUGAUUCUGCUGCUGAUGCUGUGUCUCGUCCUCUGCUGCCUCAGAGCGCGACGCAACACGAGGAAUAAACUGGGACAGAUGACCGGCUCACCCGCGUUCCUCCGGGCAAGAAGGACGCGAACGGACAGCACCCUCGACCGCCGCGCCAUGAUCCACGAGACCUCAUCCGAGAGCUCCGCCGAACGCCCACGAUCGCCGCCCACGUCGUUCAUGCCUCCACCCCCGCCCAUGCCCCAGGAGAAGCCCGAGCGCCCCCCGAGGCCCCCCAGGUCGGACGUCAGCGCCAGCAGGCAGUCCAGGACCUCCUUCGCCGAGGACCGCUCCGUAGGACUCCACACGACGCUGCCUCCCGUGCUGAUCCCGCGCGUGAAGGGCCCCGCGCCGCGCCGCCCGUCCGUCGUCAGCCGCGGCGAGAACGGCGAACCGCGCGUGAUGAUCGGCGCCGACGCCCGCUCUGACCUGGCGGCGUCGCAGCAGGCGUACGUGGACCUGCUGGACCCGCCGUCUCCAUCGCCCCGACCCACCACGGGCGCAGCAGCAGGAGGGAGAGCGCCCGCGUCCGUCCACUCCAUCCACGCGCGCAUCAACCGCUCCAGGUCGCAGUCCCGCGAGCGCCUCACGGACUCGUUCCUGCACCACCACCUCCCGCAGGGCUCCAUGCGCUCCAGGUCCUCCGACAGGCUCCACCACAGCAGCCACGACCUCCACUCCGAGUUCGGGGUCAACUUCUCCUUCAGACACGACGGGGAGAGGAGCGAAGCGAGGUCCUACGACGAAACGACAGUCCGGCCGCCCGUCAGAACCGCGGGUCCCGACAGCUUCUACUCCUCGAAGGCGCUGUCUUCCCAACACAUCUCCGACGAGCACCAGACGAUGGCAGAACGUGACGGCGGAUCCACGCUAGUUUACCCGCAGACAGAACUAUACAGACCCGUUCGUGACACUGAUUCCCUAAGCGACAUGAGCGACCACCACUCCAAGGCCACGUCGAGUAGAGCAGCUUCCAGAAGCUUCUUCUCCUGAGGUGUCUCCUAGAUGAGAUGUCACUCAAUCGGUGCUGUCAGACUGGUGUCAAUCAAGUUGUUGCGUCACGGCUGCGUGUUCUCUGCGGCGUUCCUAAAGUGCGCUGACUACGACCCUCUCCGUUUUCUUCGGUUACUUCAACAAGAUGGGUAAACUGUGCUAAAUCGAGUAGUUUAUAGAAUCGCCAGGUCAAGGCACGUGCGCUGGGCUGUGUUGUCCAAAUAUCGGGCUUGACUAGAAAAAAAAAAUAGUCAUGAUGUAUAUUUUUUAUUAUUCCGUUCUUUCCGCACUUCUUGUAAUUCAUUGUAAUAUCUUUACGCUCUUGCUGUUUUGGAAAUAAUCUUGUUAUUUAGCCGUUGAGAACGCACGCCCUUUAUCACGGUUCGUAGGACUCGCGACAGUGAAAAAGGGCGAGGGUAGUAUGAUUUAGAAAAAAAAGGUAUCUAUUUUUCAGUUGUGUUUUUACCUCUGACUGUGUGCUUGCUCUCUACACUAGAGACCAAGAAUGUAAGGCCAAAAAAAUGGUUGUUUGCCAUUUAUGAUUACGCAAUUGCCUCUAAUUUUCAGAGGUGCUUUUGUAAUUGGCUAAAAAAAUGAAAAUGGGGACGCUCGAUAGUUUCAGAAGGGUGGACUAUUUUAUUACCACCUAUUUUGGUGCCUAUUAUUUUCUCUGUAAAAAAAUGAACAUUAUGUAAUAAUGCUGAAUGUAAAGCAAAGAAGGUCACAAAUAGCUUGAGGAAAGUGAUUUUAUUUGCUCAAGAAGGCUUUUGAUAAUAUUUAUUUAUUUUUGAUGCUAUAGUUGUCACGUACACAUACACAUAUAUAUACAUAUAUUUUUUUUUAUCUGUUUGCUGUUUCGUAAAACCUGUGAACGCUGGUGACGGCAUUUCUUACCCUUUUUGUGACCUCUUUUGCUCUUUUAUGAUAUAUAUAUAUAUAAAUAUGAAUAUAUUUUCCUUCCCCCCCCCACACAAAAAAUCAAUCUUAUCCAUUUAUUGUAAUUAUAUAAAAUGCUUUCUUAUUUUACUUUUUAUUGUUUUGAUGUAAAGUAAGAAAUAAAUUGUUUUGUUAGUAUACUUGUAAUUACUAAUAAGUAUGUUUUGGGGUAAUGUUCAUUCAAUCGGUUUCGCAAAUCAGACUUUUGGAAAAUGUGUAAAAUAAGACAAAAAGAAGAUUAU